UUCUUUUCGAAUUUUAAAAUAACAUAUCUGGAACUCCUUCUAGGCAUCAUCGAGACUAAGUAAUUCCAAUUGACAAGAUGAAUGCUAAAACCGAAACAGCUUGGCCUCCGUGCAAUUGCAACCUCCCGUUACUCCUUUGGUUUCUAUGGCGCAAAGCUCUGCUCCGUCCUCAACGUGGUAAUCGGCGGUGGUUUCGCAGUUGUGAACGUCGUGGUUGUCGGACAAAUUCUCUCUGCCGUCUCAGACUACACAAUGACCAUCGCGGUUGCACCUCAAGUGGAUCCCUCUAUCCCUGCUCUCGACACCGGGUUAGGAUUUACAGGUUCCUUCCUCAGCUUCCUCGCUAUUAACUUCUCGUCCGCUUCAGGAUGGUGCUCUAUCGCAUCGGACUACUACUGCAACUACCCCGCCAACACUAAGUCGUGGAAGAUCUUCUUCCUGACCCUGGCUGGUAUCUCCAUUCCCACCAUUUUCGUGACGGUAAUUGGUGUAUGCCUUGGAAACGCAGCUAUCAGCUCCUCCGUGAACCCCAUCCUGACAGAAGCAUACAACGACCACGGGCUCGGCGGGCUCCUACGAGAAUCGUUCCACCCACUGCGAUUCUCCAAAUUCUGCCUUGUCCUGCUCGUCUUCUUGGUUCUCGGGAACAACAUCGCAGUAAACUACUCCUCCGGUCUCAGCAUGCAGCUUCUGGGCCAUUACUUCCACGCCGUGCCCCGUUUCAUCUGGUCCUUCGUCAACGCACUCAUCAUUGCAAUUCUCGCUAUUGCCGGCCGGCAACAUCUCUCGACUAUCGUUAGUAACUUCGUGUCCUUGCUCGGCUACUGGACUGUGUCUUUCACGCUCAUUCUCCUGGUUGAGGAUCAGUGGUUCAGAAGAAAGGAGGGGUACAACCUCCUGGUCUGGGACGUACCGAAUAAAUUACCCUGGGGCCUAGCGGCUGUAAUGGCGCUGCUGACAGGAUACUUGGCCGGUGGAGUGACAGGCAUGUCGCAGACAUGGUAUAUUGGCCCUAUUGCAGCCAAGUUCGGCGGUUACGGAGGCGAUGUCGGCAUCUAUCUUUCUGGCGUCUUGACUCUUAUUGUAUACCCGCCAGCACGCUGGUAUGAGCGCAAGGUGACUGGGAGAUAA